CCACUAUACGGGUGCCGCAGUAAAAUUGUACGCGCAUGCGCGUUGACAUUCUUUUUUUUUCUUGGCAUGCCCCUUGAUUAUAUCCCACCAUGGCAGAUCCAGAUCUUGAUUUCACCAGUGGAGACGCCGGGGCCUCUGAAACGUACCCGCAGCAGUGCAGCGCUCUGCGCAAAAACGGCUUUGUGGUCCUGAAGGGUCGUCCCUGCAAAAUCGUUGAGAUGUCCACUUCCAAGACCGGAAAGCACGGCCACGCUAAGGUUCACCUGGUUGGUAUCGACAUUUUCACUAAUAAGAAGUAUGAAGAUAUUUGUCCCUCAACCCACAACAUGGACGUGCCCAACAUAAAGAGAAACGACUUCCAGCUGGUUGACAUUAAUGAGGGUUUCUUGUCUCUCAUGAUGGACAACGGUGAUGUGCGUGAAGACCUUCGUGUUCCAGAGGGUGACCUGGGCAAGGAGAUUGAAUCCAAACACAGUGCUGGUGAAGACAUGAUGAUUACUGUGCUCUCAGCAAUGGGUGAAGAGUCCGCAGUCGGCAUCAAGGCCUUUACCAAAUAGUAAGCGUGCGAGCGACGGAUGGAGAGAGAGAGACUGGGCUGCUCAGGCUGCAACAUGCACCACAAUAAAAUCUCCUUUCUGUUUUUUUCUUCACCAAAGCUCUGGCCUUCACACACACAUUCACAACUUGUUACUCUCGUUGUUUUUGGGUUUUCUUUCUUUCUUUUCUUUUGUUUUCCCCCCUGUGCCUCCUUCCAGUUACUCUGCUGGGCUUUUUUUAGACAAUGUAAUUAUCUUCAGGUUUGGCAUUCUUCUUUUGGAUCAGAUUUGUUUUAGGAUUUUUAGUUGAUUGUAUUUUUUUUUUUUUUUUCCAUUCCACUGUGUUUUGCCGUCAUGGCGUUGGUCUGGCUAUUUACAUUCCUGAAUGUUAAAGCAGGAUCUGUUUGCCAUUUACACAUGGCAUAUAUGGAUAUACACAUGAAAACAGAUAUGGUUACUUAGCAGAAUUGAUGCCUUUCAGUGGAAUAUAUGUUCAAUGCAUUUUAAAUAAGGGGAAGAAAAAGCCCUCACUGACACCAGUGUUUUGUUUGUUUUGUUUUUGUUUUUGUUUUCCUCCUACCCCCCUGCUGCAUUAAGGGUGCCAUAACUUUUAUUUUUUAUUUAAACAUGAUUAUGUAUCUGCACUAAGGUCAGUUCUCUCAGUUGUUGCCUUUACCCAAAGUGAGAUGUGAGUGUCCUGGUAGUUAGCACUUUGUAGUACUUUGAGUGCUACUGGAAACACUUUUUUUUUUUUUUUUUAAUUUUUUUUUUUUUUUAUUAAAGGAAAAUCACUAAGACAAAUAACCUUCAGUGGAAUUUAUAAGUGCCGGUCUCCAUUGUGACAUGGACAGAAGGAUGUGAUGGCCAUGUGCGAGUACCUCUGUAACGCAAUAGCAGCCUGGUUCUGGCUGUCAGACAACCUUAAAUAAAGUGUUGAAGCCUG